AUGGUAAGAGAAGAGUUGUUGGAGCAGGUGUUGGAAGUGAGGCGGAGAAGCAAUGGGGUAAUUGUGGUGGUGAUGGUGUUUGGAAAAGUAAUAGUGAGGGUGAUAUCAGGAUAUGCUCCGCAACAAAGUAGGAAGGAAGAGGAGAAGGAUAGGUUUUAUGAUGAUGUUUCUGACGAGAUUGGGCAAGCGGGGUUGAAUGAGUUUGUGGUGUUGUUGGGUGAUCUGAAUGGUCAUGUGGGGGCGGAUGCAGACGGAUAUGAAGGUGUACAUGGGGGAUGGGGAUAUGGUAUACGGAAUGAGGAAGGGCGUAGAGUGUUGGAGUUAGCGGAUGCACACAGCAUGGUGGUGGGGAACACUUGGUUCACAAGGGAACCAGCGCGAUUGAUUACUUAUAGGUCAGGAGAACAUAGAUCGAUGAUCGACUAUAUAUUGGUAAGGGCCAAACAUAGGAAGUAUGUGAAGAAUGUGAAGGCGAUACCUGGUAUGUUGCAGCAUAGUAUGGUUGUGAUGGAUGUGACAUCAAAAGAAAUGGGGAGGAGGAAGAAGGAUAA